AGGUGCUGAGGCAAUUGUGAGGCAGGCCAGAGAGUGGGAGACUUCUGGAGAACACCAGAGAGCUGUAGAGUGUUAUCUGAAGGUGACUCCUGACAUGGUAGCAGACACAAAGAUUGUGGAGAAGUGUCUUAUGAAGGCUGGAGAUAUUGCCAUCAAGUUCCUGGACAACACUAAGGCACAAAUGAUAGUCCAAGCUAUUGGACCCAGACUGGCAGAAAUCAAGUGUCAUUCCACUGCCGCGGAGAUGUACUUGAGUAUGGACAUGGGGCAGGAAGCUAUUGAUAUGUUAAUCAGUGCAGGAGACUGGAACAAAGCCAAGAAAGUGGCCAAGGAGAUGGAGCCCAGGUUGGAAACUUAUGUUGAUGAAAAAUAUAAGGAAUUCUGCCGAGACCAAGGGAAAGCAGAAGAUCGGGCUGUUUUUGAUGUGAUCGGGGGCUUGGGUUUUUGGGAUGAAAGGAAAGGAGAGUGGAGCAAAUGUAUACAGACAGCAGAACUGCAGAAUCCUAAAGUGCUUCACAAGUACCUUGCCUUGUACGCCACCCAUCUGAUCAAGAACAAUAACUCUCUAGCUGCACUGCAGUUGUAUGCAAAGUAUGGAACCAUUGCCAAUCCUCAGUGUGAGAACUUGGGCAAGUCAUCGAGUGCCAACACCUCCCAGCAUGACGAGUUUGAAACCAUGCUGCUGAUAGCUCACUAUUAUGCUACCAGAAGUGCGGCUCUGGCACAGCCCUCACUGGAGAGCAUCGCUGGCAAGUUAUCAGUCUCCCUUCUGCGGCACACAGAUGUGGUGCCGGCUGAUAAAGCUUUCUAUGAAGCUGGUAUGCUGUGUAAGUCGCUAGGCUGGGAGAAUAUGGCUUUUGUGUUUUUAAACAGAUAUCUAGAUAUCAGCGAGGCAAUGGAAGAGGGAACACUGGACAUGUUAGAUCAUAGCGACUUCCAAGACACAGACAUACCUUUUGAGAUUCCAAUUCCAGAGAAGCCAUUUCUUACUAGCCAGCAGCAUGAGGAGGUGAAAGAGUGGGUUCUGGCAGUCUCUAUGGACAGGAAAGUGAAACAAGACUUACCUAAGGAUGAGAGAGGCACAUACGAAGCUUCUCUUGUUGCUGCAGAUAGUGGCAUUCGUUCGUUGCCUUGUGUGGUUACAGGAUAUCCUGUGCUCAAGAACCAAAUGGAAUUCAAAAAUGCAAACAAAGUGGCCAACAAAGAAGACUGGAACAAAUUACUGAUGGCCACAAAGGUGUCACACAGCACAGAGCUCCAGGAUGUUCUGAAGUUCAUUGCCACUUGGUGUGGCACCAGUCCCAGCUUCUCGUUCCAGUGA